UAAUAGCUUUGUCAUGUGACGGCGAGCGGUUGUAAGACAGGUGCCUCUAGUUCAUUCCCAGUAAGGGGGGCAGUUCCCUGAGUGAGCGCAAGUGGCGGAGCGGGUGGAUUUCCUCUCGGCCGAUUUUGACUCUCCGAGCGCCAUUCAGUGUCUGGAUGGCGUGGGACAGGUGUAAUCAGGACUCCGUGUGGACGGAACUGGAGUGUGCCGCCUUGGUCGGUGAAGACCAACCUCUCUGCCCAGACCUCCCAGAACUUGACCUCUCCGAAUUAGAUGUUAGUGACCUGGAUGCAGACAGUUUUCUGGGCGGAUUCAAGUGGUAUAGCGACCAAUCAGAAGUCAUUUCCAGUCAGUACGGCAAUGAGGCGGCGAAUCUGUUUGAGAAGAUAGAUGAGGAGAAUGAGGCCAAUCUCCUGGCAGUCCUUACGGAGACCUUGGACAGCAUCCCGGUGGACGAGGAUGGCCUGCCUUCGUUCGAGGCCCUGGCGGACGGGGAUGUGACCAACACCAGCGAGCAGAGCUGUCCCUCCACGCCCGACGGCUCGCCACCUGCGCAGGAAGCCGAGGAGCCGUCUCUGCUGAAGAAGCUUCUCUUGGCGCCCACUAACUCGCAGCUCGACUACGGUCAAUACCCGGGCAGCAAGGCGCAGGGCCAUGCGGCAGGCGGCCAGCGGCUCCGACCGCCGCCCGGCGUCGCAAAGACAGAGAACCCCUGGAACGGCAAGCAGAGGAGUUCCAUCCCGCAGCAGAACAGGCCAGUGAGGCGUCCCUGUACCGAGCUGCUGAAGUACCUCACAGCCAGCGAUGAGGUGCUGCGGACCAAAGCAAGCCAAAAGCGAGGCGGCCGAACCGGCAGCGGCAGCGGCAACAGCGGCAAGGACAAAGCUGGAGGAGCCUCCUCUUCCUCGUCGUCCCCGUCCUCCUCUUCCACAUCCUCCUUCUCCUCACUGUCUUCCUCCUGCUCAUCGUCCUCCUCCAAGACGAAGCCGCCCCCCGCGCCCGUGCCGUCUCUGCCUCCGCGGCAGCCGUCGCAUCCCCAGCGAGGUGAGAGCCGGGCUGCUGGAGCAUGUGGGGUGGCAGGCGUGAGCGGUGGGCGGUGGAGCCGUUGCGUUUGUGGGGCCGGCACUGAGGGAAGGUCUGAACCCGCAGCACCCUCUCCCGUCGCCCCGGGACCCCGUAGGAACGGCCACAUGUGCCCCAGACCGGAGCACGGGCCGCCCGGCAGAGAAGGAAGGCCUCCAGGUCAGCAGUCCUCCCUGGAUAUGGGGCACCUGCCUGCCGCUAGGUUCAUUAGGUACAUGCAUUCUUACUCUCUCCCCCCAAGAGAGACGGGUCAGCCUGACAGCUGUGAGCGUUGCCGUGAGGAGGCCCGCACUUUGGCUAGCCGGAACUUGGGCGGGGCCAGACAUGCAGAUAGGCACAUCACGGUGACCAUCAGGAAAAGGGAGGCUCCGGAACACCCUCUGCUUAGCAAGCUGCUAACGUCAGACCGGAAGGCGGUUCGUCCCUUGGGCCACUGGGGUCGGUCUGCAAGCCCUCCGGCGAGAAAGAUGCUUCCUUGGGCCUGGGAAAGCGAUGGGUCUUCCAGGCAGGCUGGCAAAGAGGCCAUGACAGGGAGCCAGGGCCUUUUUCAGGCCAGAUGGCACGCCCCAGAACACCAAAUAUCCGAGGGUCCAGGCGAGCCAGCCUAUCGGGCCAGAGAGUUAGGUGAAGGGGUCGUGAUGAAGGUGACGGUCGGGCAUACGGAGCGGGUUGGCCAUGCCGAGGACGAUGUUGAUGGCGAUGUCUUGGGCGGCCCCGUGUCAUACUCACCGGGCUUUCUGAGCCCGCUCUUUCCGGACUCCGUAAUUCCUGUAGGAGACCUCGAGCCCUCCGUCACACAAGAGCCGCACCUACACACGCAGGCACUCUGCAGGCACCCCGGCGACCAGGUCCUUCCGUUGUUAGCCAAACCAACCAUCUUGCCACUUCCUUUGACCCCAGAGUCUCCAAAUGACCACAAGGGAUCACCGUUUGAAAACAAAACCAUUGAACGCACACUGAGCGUGGAACUGUCAGGGACCGCAGGUCUGACACCACCCACCACACCUCCUCACAAAACCAGUCAAGAGAAUCCUUUCAAACCGUCGAUGAAAACCAAGUUGCCUUCGUGCCCUUCGUCGGCCGUGGGCAGCAAACGGGCACGGCUCUGCGACAACACGCCCCACCCUGCCACCGCCGGGACGGUGGCACUGGAGGGCGCGGAACAUGGCGAGCUCUAUGCCCAGCUGAGCAAGGCGUCGGCCCCCAGCGCGAAGCGGGGUGCCCCCCGAGCCAUGGGCGACCACGACUACUGCCAGUCCACGGGCACCAGCGCUGGGCGGGACGUCUCCCUGUGUUCCCGGCCUGCCGGCCCGGAGCGAAGGUGUGCGGAAUGUGCGGAGUCUGGCCAGCCUUCCUUGCCUCCUUCCUCCUCCUCCUCCUCCUCCUCUUCCUCGCUGGCGGGGCAGUCGGGGAACGGUUCUGAGUCCGAGACAGCUCUCGGCAGGCGGGACACUCCAGAGGACCAGCCGGCACCUGCCAGACAGCCGAGCUCAACUGCCAGGAAGCCGCUACUGGACCAGGAGAUCCGGGCUGAACUCAAUAGGCACUUUGGACCUCCUCAGCGGGCUGUGAGCGUCGACGUGGAGUCGGACCGCCCCCACCCACCCGAGGACAUAGGCGCUUGGGAUGACUACCUGCCCCCGGGGCUGCCCCUGGAGGACAGUGAGGACGAGCGUGAGCUCCUCCUCUGCCCCUGGGAGACCUCCCCUCUGGACCUGCUGUUCGAGAGCUCGCCAUCCUGUUCCCCAUAUAGCUGCUCCCCAUCCAGGGGCUCGGUGUCGCCCCCUGCAGUUUCCCCUCAGCGCUUCCAUUGGCCCCGCUCGCGGUCCACGUCUCACCGGCGCCAGCCGUCACCCUGCCCCCGCUCCCGCUCUCCGUACAGCCACUCUGGCUCACGGUCCCGUCAUCAUGCAGACACCGGCACGUGCAAAUCUCGGACCCAGAGGAGCCCGCAGACGCAAAGCAGGCCAAGGUGUGACAGCUACGAGGAGCACCAGCACGCGUGUCUGCGGAGGGACGACCACCGGCGGGACCACGAGCACUGCGAGUCCGACAGGGUCCAGCAGUGGGAGGGGCAGCGCAAGAAAGCAGUUGAGGAGCGGCGGACGCUCUGCGUGGGGAGACUCAGGCCCGACGGUGGCAGGGCCGAGCUACGGCGGCGCUUCGAGGUCUUUGGCGAAAUCGAAGAGUGUGUGGUCAGCCUGCGCGAUGACGGAGACACUUUCGGGUUUAUCACCUACCGCUACAGUUGUGACGCCUUCACCGCCCUUGAGAACGGACACACACUCCUCCAGCCCAACGAGCCUCCGUUCGAGCUCUGCUUUGGAGGCCGAAAGCAAUUCUGCAGGUCGAGCUACACGGAGUUGGAAUCGCACUGCGAUGACUUUGACCCCGCCUCCGCCAAGAGCAAGUACGACUCCAUGGACUUCGACAGCUUGCUGCGAGAGGCCCAGCGCAGCCUGAAGAGGUAACGGGAGACUCUCCCCAGGUCAAAGAGGCUUCUGUCCCUUGACCUCAAGGCCUACCAAGUUUUACACUUUAUGUAUUAAAAAUACACUACAUAUGAAUAUAUGACAAAAACAAUGUUUACAUGAACGUAGCUGCUAAUGAACAGAGAAGAGACAUUUUUAGUGGGGAUAGCCAGUCCACCAUCACACCCUGUGUACAGGCCUUUCUGAUUUACUAUACACUGUAAACACAAGAGGAACUAAACUCAAAAAAAUACUCGAUGUCUGACAGCAACAACAGUUCUGUUACUGGUGAAAAUGUGCAGCUUGUUCAGUUUCUUUUUUUGUUUUAUUUUGUUGUUGUUUUUACUUGAUAUUUGGAUUUGGUGGUGAUAUAUUAUUAUUGAGAGUUUGAGGGGAUAGGGGAUCUCUCCAGGGCAUCUGAGAUAACAUUGCUGUCUACAUUCGGAGAAAAUGUAGCAGCGUAUUUAAAGACGUUGAUAAAUGGAGUAUUUUUAUUUUGUGUACAUAUCAGACUAAACUCUUUAUUUGUUACAGCUAUGCACUGUAAAAUGCCGCCUUCUUUUUAAAAACGAUAUUGAAAUUUUCUUAAUUAAGAAUGUCAUCUCUAAAGUCGUGCGAUGAUAUAAAUCAUUGUGCCCCAUCAUGAAAUUCAGAAGACAUGAUACGAUUGUAACGACAUAAAGGACGGAGCUGACUUAUAGCGGAGAACCUGACAAGAUUUUUUUAAUUUAUUUUAGUGGGCGUUGUUGCCCAUGUAUAAUUUUAUCUGUUUUUAAAAGUUCUCAAUCAGUGUUUUACUUAUACAACCAAUGUAAAAUACAUUUCUAAUGUGUUUUUUGUAAGAACUUCCGUUCACAUUUUCUUACUUCUAAAACCAUUUAUAGGCAACAUUUAUGCUUGCGAUUUUUGUUUCUGUAACUCAUCGUUGCUCUGUGAUUGUUUUGAUAAUCGACUGACCACUUUUGUCUAGAACGGGCAGUUCUGUCAGCCACUGUUGAGGAUCACUGGUCCCAUUAUCUUGCCAGUCCUUUAUUUAUGUAUUUAUUUUGGGGGGGGAAAAAAUAAUAUGCAGUCCCCACUGAGUAUGGAGACGCUUGCAAAUUUAAGUAUUUAUUCUUUUUUAAAAAAAAAAAAUGCUAUUAGCAGGGGCAGGUAUACAAUAAAUACAUAUUUUGAGUAUCAUCCUUUCUAACGCCUUCCAGAAGCCAUGAAGUACAUCUAAUAACCUUCACGUGGCGUGUAGAAUGUGUUGCUCCUGGUUAGUGGUGACUGUGUCUUGCAAAUGCGCCGUCCGUGGGUUUCACAAACGGCUGUCUCCCGAGAUACCUCCCCCUGUAUAACUCACUAGUCAUAAAGCAAUAAAAUAAUUUCAGCGGUACUAUGCGGUACUCCGGUGAUCUUUCUCUCGGCUCCAUACGCUCUUCACGCUUCAUGCGAAUGCCAAACUGAGGUUUACACUGUCUUAUUUUUCCUGGAAAUAUUUUUUAAAUCUUGCAUUUGUUGUAAAUAUAAAAGAAGAAAAAAAAAAAGAGAAGAUAUUAUGGUCGCUAUGAAUAACUAUUAUGAUGAUAAAAAGACAAAAUAAUAAUUCUAUGAAAAUGUUUAAAAAAGAAGCAAUAAAUUAUUUUUUUGUAUCAUAUUUUAGCUCAUAACAUUGUGUGGUUUGAGACGGGACUCAUUACCCAGCUGCUUACGGAACACGUGAGCUUUGACCUCAGCCGAAAAACAAUGUUUCCCAUUGUGCUGUUUGCCCUUCCAUUGUGUGUGUGCAUGUGCGUUGGCUUGUAUGACUUUACCACAUGCUGACUAAAUAUUCCAGUGUAAUUAUUCACUCAGUGUAAUUACUCACACUCUGGAGUGUGACUCAAAGAAAAUCCCGCGUACGUAACAUCUGUGUUGCACCCAAGACUCAAAAAAAUCCCACAGAUAUUUUUAAUUUUGAGAAUCCCGAGUACUUUUUUGGCUGUAGCGGUACCGUGUUCUGUGGCACAACCAAGCGACUUGACAUCAUAGUCGCUACGUGUUGCGGAACAUCCUGCAGCUGCCCUUGCAGUGGGGUUGAGGCAUCAGCUGAACGUGACGCAGAAGGUAACCUUGUGAUUCGGGAUUCAGUCUGUGUCCUGUUUACAUAGAGCAGCAGGGAAUGUGAAAAUCCAGUCACAUCAGAGGAACUGGAGUUCUUUGUAUUUCUGCUUGUUGAUCGCAGUUCACCUUACAUGAGGGAUGAGUGUGAAAAUGAAACUGCUUAUUCUCGUGAAAAAUCCUUACCUGUUUUUAUAUAUAUAUUUUUUCCCUCUGUGUAGAGGUUGGGUAAUGUCGUCAUGUCCCAUUUGGUAGAUGUGGCUUUGAUCAUUGUAAUAUAAAAUCUGCUUUGUAAAUCGCCUAGAGUAGCAAUAUAAUAUAACACCUGAUGAUUCAACGUUUGAACUUUUUAAUAAUGUGAAUUACUGAGGAAUAAGGCGCUGCUUUGAGGUUUGUGGGUGAUCAUGUUUCUUUUGGAAGGACAAUAUAGAAAGUGGGGGUGAAUGUGUGUGUGUGUCUGUCUGUCUGUUUGUAUGUAUGCAGGGGGGUGGGGGGCUCUGUUUGUGUCCUAUCCACGUUGCCUUCUGCCAUCUCCUUGCCAAUGCCUUUGUGGUUCUACCUAUCUUACGAAUUUCUUGUGAAUUUUAUUUUUGAUGUGCAUUUUCUCAUCAGCCUCACCAAGCCAAUAAAGGAAAAAAUGUUUUAAACAACAAA